AUGAUGUAAUACGAAUCAAGAUGAAAAACAAGGAAGCAUUUCUGUGCACCGUACAAUUACAUGUUUAUAGCAAUUCGGAUAAUCGCAUAGAUUGACCAAAUUGCAAACAACAAACAACAUAAAAGAACAUGUCAGGAAAUAAUGUUAAUAAGCACGUUCAAAUGGCAGCAAUAUAAUUUUGAUUUUUAAAAAAUCAAAAAAUUGUGGAUUGCCAUUAGUAGUAUCCUUAUAACAAUAUAGAUUAAAUUUGAAACAUUGAUACAUGUUUAAUUGUCACUUCUUUCAGAAAAACCCCGUUAGACAUAGAAACGGAUAAAGCCCAAUCAGGAUACAUAAAAUCACCGUACGCACAGACACUUGUAGCUGGCUUCAAUGUCUGGCAGUUCGAUGACGAUGAGGAUCCGAUAGUCAAAACCAAAGAAAAGCCAAAGGUCUUACAAGCAAUUACUAAUCUUGAGGACAAAAAGCAAGGUAAGUUUAGAAAAAUUUUAAUUUUUUUAAUUCUGAAAAUUUUAAAAUUGAAAAAUUUUUUUUGAAAAAUUUAAACGUCUUCUCUCUUCUCCUGUGAAUUUACAAAAAAAUGGUUUGUGAAAAAAAGAAAAAAAAGUCAAAAAACGUCUGUAGUGGAAUAUCCGUCUAUUACAACGUACAACAAUACAACACUAAUAACUGUGAGAAAAAAAAUUUUAAUUAGACCCCCAAACCAACACUAUAAAUUAGUCGAUAGUUUUGUUUACCGCACAUAUUGUUUCUGAGUAAACUAUAUGAAAAACGCGAAGAAAAACAAUAUUUUCAUUGCCGGAAAACCCACAAUAAAAGUUCGCGGAAAAAGCGUUGAAUGACAAACUUGGUGAAGUAUGAAAAAACAACAAGAGUAAGAGAAUAUCUUCACAAAUGUCAAAGUUCUUGAGACGUUUUUUUUUGGAAAAACUAACGGUUUUGGUUUUUAAAGGCCUUGAGGGAAAGAUUUUUAAAAUUUUUUCAAAUAUUUUUUAGUUUAAAAAUUUUAAAAAAAAUUUAAAUUUAAAUUUUUGAAAAUCCACAAAUUAAGCCCAAAAACUGCCCAAAGAGUGUUUACAGAAACCGUAUGGCCAUUCGAAGUAUUGGCGAUUAGAUAAGUUUGAUAGAACGUGAACGAUCGAAUAUUGUUCACGUUAACAAUGACAUAAAACAAAUGUGAAAGUCAUAAAACGUCAGCGAAGAUAUGAAAAUUUUAUUUUUGAAUGAUCAGGGCUCUAAAUCAUGCUAGUACAUGCUUAUGAUAAUGAAAAGUAAACAAAUUGUUUUUAAAUUAAAUUUUCGAUACUGUGCUAAUAGGGGUAGAUUUAAAAAUUUUUUGAAGUAAAAGGAAUUUUAGUUUUAAAAUAUUUGAGUUUUAGUUAUAUUGGCGGGCUACUCAUAAAAUUAAAUUAAAAAUUGUUUGUUUUCUUCUGUAUACCAUCAAAAUUUGCUAACAUGAUAAAGCAAACCCUGGCUGAUUACUUGAAAAUUAAAUUUUCAUAUUUUUCAAAAAAAAAGCGCGAAGUCAAAUUUCAAUUUUUUUUGAAAAAAAAUGCUCAAAAAGCCAAGCUUUUAAACGCAGAAACUAAAAUACGUAUAAAUUGAACCAGUUUCGUACGAACUGAAUAGAAAAUUCCCUUGUUUAAGGUUAAGAAUUAAAAUUCUAAUUAUCUUUUUUUUUCUUUGCAAGAAAUGUUAUUUUUCGCCGUAAAAAGAUUGAUGACAUUUUAAAUCGGAAUAACACUUGAACUUUUGAAAAAACAACAAAAUGCGGCAGAUUUAGGGGCAAAAUUGUUAAAUGCGGUAGAGACAACGAAAAAGUUAACAAUAAAAACGAAAAAUAUAGAAAAUAUGCAAGAAUGCAAUACCUGGGUAAUUUUCAUGUCAUAUAAGACGUUGGCAUAUACGACAUUUCUCUGCUAUUAAAACAAGUUUUUGGAAGCGUAGCCAAAAAUAGGGCAGUAGAAGAACUUUUUGAUGUUAUGUAAGUUAUGUAGCCAAAAAGCAAAAAUAUCUGCUAGAAGGUUUAGUUUACUUGAAGUCUUAGUUUUAAGAUCAUAUCUUACUAAACAAAAUUAUUGCCAUAUCUUACAAGAUGUCCCAAAACUCACAUAAGAUUACCCCGAUUAAGCAGGCCAGACGCACUUUGUCGCGAAUUCAGAUGACAAAGCACGGCUUUUGAUACUUUAUUAAAAAUAAGGAACGCACUCAAACACAAACUCAUAUCAUACGCAGACUUCUUGCGAUACGAAUGACAAACAAACUGGGACUAUGUUUAGAACGGUUAUGAGUACGAGGAAGUGAGAACGGCAAAACUGUGAACUUUUUGAAAAACUUAAAGGCUGCAAUAUAUUAUAGUACUUAGUGAGGUAAAUUAUUAUUUUGUUUUGUGUGGGUUUGUCUAGGUUUAUGUUAGUGAUGAAGAUAGUGAAAGGCAGUAUUAAGGUUAAGCGUUAAAGAUAGUGCAAGUCAGUGCUAAGAUUGAGGUCGAAACAUCUUUACUAUAAAAUACGAAUUGACUUAUACUGACACUACCAAAAAAACAACAAACCAUUUACACUUACGUUAGGACAGUUAAACAGUGCGGUGUUAGCAGUGUAUAACUGGCCUAAUAGUUACAAUAUCAGUUGGACUUUAAACAAGCACUGAUGAUAAACUAACAGAUACCUUUAUUCUAUUAGGACGGUAACAAUGCAAUGUUAGCAAUGUCUAACUGUCCUAAUGCCCUCAUUGUGUUAAAAUGAUGACUUUCAUUAUUUUAUAUCUAUAAAAUAACAAAAGUCAUCAUUUUCAAUGUAAAAGCUAUUAAAAAUUGCAAAAAAUUGGACUCUGUUUCAUUAUCUUGUUCCUGGAUCUUUGUCACAUCCACUAUAUAUCGAAACAUAACAAUUAGAAACGUCAAGACCAAAAAAACAUUAACAACAAUGGGUUCUAUGAAUACAUUCAAAGUACUAGGGUUUACUAUUAGAAAUUACCGCGGGAUUAACUGUGGUAGACGGGAGAUGCUGUGCAGUAGUACAAAUAUCGUAUAAAGGCUUAGAUGUCGGUCGAACAAAAAUUAAUAGCUUAUGACAAGGAAAGUAUCGUCGUUUUUGCACUUGUGCUGUUACGACCUCGAACUGAGUGAUGUAUUACUGAUUAGCGGGGUCAUUUUGGUUUUAUUGGGCUAUUGUUUGGUGUUAUUGCGAUGUUUUUGGUAUAGUAGGGCUAUAUUUAGUACUAUUGGAGGCUUUUUUUGGUAGUAAGGCUAUUCUUACUAUUAUAGCAAUUUUUUGAUAGUAUGGAAAACGUUUAGUACUAUGAGGCUAUUUUUGAGUUUUUAGAGCUAUUUUGGUGUUAUACGCCGUUUAUUACGUAAAUCAAACUUAUAUAUAUUAUCUUUUGCACUAUGCUAAGGUCACGUUACUAGUUCCAAAAAUAGUACUAAAAUAAACCCAAAACUAAAAAAAUUAAAAAUUUGGUCCAAAAUUCAACGCACGUAUUAAACUUGUCGCAUUUAAACUUUUAAAACAAUAUAAUCGUAUUCCAAUGGUAUCACAAACAAGACCUGAAUAAACAAAAAAGUACAACGUUCCAAAUACAAAUGACGCUGACUUUAAAAUCUAAUAUUAAAAACAAUUUUCGGGGAUAUUGUGGACAAGCUAUUUUUUGCAUAUUAACACAAGUUUUGGUAUUUUGGAGCAAUCUAUGGUUAGCAAAGUUUCCUUGGCCAAAUUUUAAAUUUUGAAGCUUUUUGAUCUAAAUUGGAGAUUUUCAGGACUUUUGAUCCAAAUUUGAAAUUUUGAUGCCAUUGGCAGCAAAUUUUUUUGAAAACUUGGGGUUAAGUUGAAAAAGAAAAGUUCGUUUUUUGGAAAUCAGUGCAAAAUUCGAUCAUGAUAAAGGAUAAUAUUCAAUUUUCCUAUAUUAACUUAAGGAUAAAAAUCUUCUUUUUACCUGACAUAAGCAACUUCCAACAAAGCACGUACAAAUAAAACGGUAUUCCAAGAAAAAAACGGCCGAAAAAGUGCCAAGCCGAUUAAAAUAUUAAUGAAAAUUCCGUUUUUCUAGUCAGAAAAAUUUGGUUGAAACGCACUUCAGAAUAAUUCAGAACGCCUGGCACGAUCUUACCACAUUUGUGUUUAUUAAGCCCGAAACGCCGCGGGCGUUUUGUUUUCCUAAUAAUAGGAAAAGGAAAAACGGUUUCGAACUUUGCGGUCGAUUUUGAGGGUUUGAAAAUUAAAAAAAAGGAAAUUUAAAUUUUUUUUAAAUUUAAGGUUUAGAAGUGACCUGUCGUGUAAAUGUGUUGGGAGGCAAACAAGUUGUUGAUAAAUCUUUUGUUAGGUGUCUAAUCCUAUUGUAAACAUAUCCAGAAAUUUUUUUUUGCAUUGAAAGACCAAGGCUUUCACUUUAAAAAAUUGAUUUAAAAAUGCCAUUUUUAAAUAAUAAAGUUAAUAAAACUCUCGAAAAAUUUAUAAUUUACAGACCUCUUCCCCUGUCGCGACUACUCGAUGAUAAUCGGCCCGAUUGAAGCCGAAAAACCGAUGGAAAUGCAACAACUUUCUGUCCAAUUCAACGCCACUUCAAUCAUGUCCCGUUUCCAAGAUGCGCCCGAGUUCGUACCCGGCCGUUCUCUUCACACUUCACACGCGAACUUGGACGAACUUCGUCGACUAACUCCCGAACCUGAAAGCACUCAGAAUCUGGCAAAGCCGGUCGAGAAGUCGGCUUCGAAUAAAAGCUUGAACACGACCGAAUCCAAGCCAUCGGAACGAUUGCCGGCUAUGUCAUUUGAUCAACUGAGGAUUAUGGCGGCGGAGAUGAGGAAACAGAAGGAAAAGAGUGAGGAAAAAGAGGAGAGUAAAGAAGAAAAGAGUGCGGAGAAGGAUGAGGAGGUAGAAACAGAGAAGGAGGAAAAGGAAAAUUAA